AUGGAAUCGACUUUUCCCCGUGUGGACACACAAAGCACUCGAUCCCUUACCAACUUCGAAGUUUUCCAGUUCAUGAAAGGUCGUUUAGAAUCGAAGAACAAAGUUCGUGCUCAACAAACCCUCCUUUAUACCGGCAUGAAAUUCUUCCAAGAGAAAUCGCCAUGCACAACCCAGUCUUCUCAGGAGAUAGCCGACUUUCUUGGAAAGAUAAAAUCGUGCAAAUUAAGGAAAGAAGAGGUUCUGGCAUUGAUUAACAAUUGUCCUGCGACUCAAGUCGAACUAUCUGUUGUACGUUCUCCACCAUUUCCUUGGCUUCUAGCUUUCGUAUUUUAUGCCUUUGGUCCAUCCUUUAAUGGUAGUCUAUUUGCCGCCAACGAAGCCUUUUGUGCUGCCGAAUAGUGAUAGCUCCGUUCUGACGGACAAGUGAGGAUAGUUGCACAUUGCAGUCUCUUGCGCGUACCAAAGCCUCACAAGUGAUGCGUUUUUCUGAAGUCCGCAUAAAAACCAGAUUUCGCUGUUGAAAUCGGGUUGAAUCUACUAGUGUGGCUAUAGUUUGGGAGCGAGUCAGCAUUUUGGUCACACUUUUCAUUUUGAAUGCAUUUCCCCCAUCACAGAUCCGAGCUUCAAAUCCCCUCUUGUCGCACGCACGGAUCAAAGCAAGAUUUCUUGAAAUAAAGGCUUCGACGGUAAUCCAUUUGGUCCCAGGGCUUACAGACCUACCUGUCCUUAAUUAAAUAUCUUUACAAGAGUGACAAACAAUUCAGUCAACUGUCUCCACAUUUAACUGCAACCACGUUGUUUCUACCUAUUAUAUUCGUUCUGUGUCGAUAGCCUUCUGGAAAACACGUUUUGACUCUCUCGGGGCGUUGGUGCAGAAGCACUUGGUCACCAGCCUGACAGAUACUGCUUGCUGUGGGGGUUGGUUUAGAGAGCAGUCCUAAGGGUUUUUACUAUUCUUUAGUUAUCCGUACACACAUUUGGUCUAAAUCCUGGUGUGAUAACACUGUGGAGAAAACUCGUAGCAUCAAUGUCCUUGGUAACAACAAUACCUUCCAAUGCAGCAGAGUUGCGGGGCUGCAGUAAAGGAUGGCCGAUCCUAUCUCCCGACACCUUGCCGGUAACACCUACUUGGCAAUGACGGGCAAGUUAUGCAACGCUCGAGUCCGAUUACUUCUACCGUACAUCUUAGAGCUCUGUUAUUUACUCAAAGGAGAAGCCAGCGGCUGCUAGAAGCUAACGGUCGAGGCGCAUUGUGUAUACUAACCAGCAUGAACAUAUCGGUAAUUAUGUUUAUAAAUGCGUAUUUUGUUAACAGCCGGACAUACAUCCGGUCGGUCUAAUAGCUAGCGACUAUACUUAUCACAGCCGAUUUAUCUUUUGUUCGUACUCGAGAACCAGCUUCCACGUCUAGCCUAUCCCCACUGACCAUCAUAGCCACCGACCUCAUCCUUACGAUCUCACCACCGAUGGUUUAUCCUAAAUUUGUUUUCCUGUCCUAUUUGCGGCCGUUAUACCCACUCUCUUAACCUAAUUAUGAACACUAGGCACAUAGGCAGCUCUAGGUAUCGUUGCAUGUGCUCUUCUGGCCAGCUUCAAGUGCUGCUGAUAAUGACCUUAGCCGGCGUGCCGUGCAUUACAUAUGUGCGAGCAUUUCAGUGUUUACUAGAACAGUUAUGUGGAGUUCGUGGACAAGUAGUAGGCCCACCACCUGUCAUCGUACUCAGAACCUAAGUAUUCGCAGGUGUCCCACCCAGCUGCAACUUUAUUAUGACUAGACUGAAGUGAAUGUCCGCCCCUCCGUGUCACACGAAUGCUGUCUGUGAUCUCAUUUCGAAAUAGACAUAGUUCUUUGGUUAUUGUUGUAACCGCCUCAAUUUGCCUCGAGUCCGCUUUAUAUUUCCAUAAUCCACCAUGAUCCCAAAACUUUUGCACGAGAUCUAAAUUGUAGUGCACUAGGCAGUGCUCUUCAUCACUUCCGCUUCUGAUAUUGUGAUCUUCCAUAACUUAGAAAUGUAGCUUUGACUUAAUUCCAUUUGAACUAUCAAAUGUGUUUUCUUUAGAUGAUCCCAGACCUGGACAGUCAGUUCACACCUACACAAAUAGAAGAGAUGUUGGCGCUAGUGGCCGAAUGUUUUCCGGAAGGCGUCAAGAAAUCUAUUACUAUUAACUCAUCUGGAGUUGCUGACGAAUCCACUGAUUAG